UCAGCCCUAUUCAAGGACUGAGCUCACAUUUUUCCAAAACGCGAAGACCGCCGGGGACUUGGUGCGUUUAUUGCGGCUAGAAGAAAUUUAGCGUAAAACAGCGACGGCAUCGAAAAGGGACAUUGUUUUAAAGCAUAACGUGAUUAUUGGUGGCCUUGGUCAACUGGUGCAACCAGUGGAGCACCUCGAGGCACGGCAUGAGGAUCAUCCAGGAUGUAGUCGAGAACGUCAAAGAGGGAAAAUACUGUCGAACGAAAUAAUCGUCAACAAACUCCUCAAGAGCCGUUUUUUUAUGGCGAGUAAAAGGACAAGUGAUGGCACCCCAAGGUUUUGAGUUUUUUAAGGGUAAUGGGGCAGAAUGAAGAAAGAAAAUCAAACAUUUUAAUUAAAAAUACAUUAAUUCUUUAUCCUAGAAACUAAAAUGACUGCAUUAACUAAGUUUCUAAUGUUUUCUUGAAAUUAAGCAACCAUGUGAAAAAGAUAUGGGUAACACUCUAGAUCACCAUCAUCUGUGUAUGCUGAUAAAAUAUAACAAAUUAAUUCCUGAAUUUUUGCUUCUUGCAAUGUACAAUUACCAUAACAAAUUUUUGAAAAAUCAUUUAUCCAUUUUGAUUUUAAAAAAAGCAAGUCUAUUUAACAGCUGCUAAUGGGACCAAGAGAUUGUCUGUUGCAUAAAUCUGCCAUGUUAGUCACAUGGUUUAAGUAGCUGAGUGAAUUUUGCCACAAUGGAAGAGAGUAGCGCUGGCAGCUGGGUCUCCAUCAUGGCAAACGGAAGCGGCAUUCUCACCCCGGCGAACUUGGUCCUCGACUCCCGAAAUGCCUCCACUCCAUCGGCACGAUGGGACAACACUAGUGCCAAGGAACUGUUUAUGGAGAAGCAACUUCACAGCCAGGAACAAACCUACAGGGACUUUGCUACCACCAUCCAGGUCUUCAUCUUUGUAGGAUCCCUUUUGGGCAACUCCAUGGUGCUGUGGUCCACGUGUCGCAUCACGGCAUUCAAGUCCGUCACCAGCCGCUUCAUCAGGAACCUGGCGUGCACGGGCAUCUGCGCCAGCCUGGUGUGUGUGCCCUUCGACAUCCUGCUGAGCGGCAGCCCGCGCUGCUGCUGGUGGCUCCACUCGAUGCUCCUCUGCAAGGUCAUCAAGUUCCUCCACAAGCUCUUCUGCUCCGUCACAGUCCUCAGCUUCACCGCCAUCGCCCUAGACAGAUACUACUCAGUUCUGUACCCACUAGAGAGGAAGAUAUCAGAUGCUAAGUCCAGAGACCUGGUUAUCUACAUAUGGGUCCACGGCUUGGUGGCCAGUGCGCCAGUGUUCGCCGUGACCAACGUGACGGACAUCUACGCCACGGCACUGUGCUCGGACGGCCGGAGCCGCUCGCUCGGACACCUGGUCUACGUGGUGGCCUACAAUGUGAGCACGGUCAUCCUGCCACUGGCGGUGGUCUUCUUCUUCAUGGCUCUCAUCCGGCGAGCCCUCAGCGCCAGCCAGAAGAAGAAAGUGAUCAUCGCAGCCCUGCGCACGCCGCAGAACAGCAUCUCCAUCCCGUAUGUGUCGCAGCGCGAGGCCGAACUGCACGCCAUGCUGCUGUCCAUGGUGCUGACCUUCAUAGCGUGCAGUGUGCCCUACGCCGCCCUGGUGGUCUAUCGCUCGCUGCUGGACAUCUCUGAGGUGUCGGCCUUCCUGCUGCUCACCGCCGUCUGGCUGCCCAAGGUGUCGCUGCUCGCCAACCCGCUGCUCUUCCUCACCGUCAACGGCUCGGUGCGCCGGGGCCUGCUGGGCGCCGCGGUGCAGCUGCAGCGCCGCUACAGCCGGCGUAAUGCCGUGCGCUCGGAGGGCCUGGCGGAGGUGGCGGGCGAGCCCGGCGUCCGAUCCGGCAGCCAGUUGCUGGAGAUGUUCAAUAUCGGCCAACAGCAGAUCUUUCGCGGUGGCGAGGAGGAGGAAGAGGACGGGAACGUGAACGAGAUGCUUCCCGUGGGCCCCGGGGGUGCUUCACAUCGGAACGGUCCAGAGGCAAGACCGCUGCAGGGCCCCGCAGCAAAGGGGGUGGCGAGGACUGCCGCCUCGCCCCCCCGGGCCUCCCCGCCACCAGUCUGCGCAGAGUCUUCCUCCCAGGUGGCCCCGGCAACACCCUCUGACCCGGAUGAGGGGAGCGCCAAGUACUCCACGCAGUUCGGCUUCGGACCUUUCGAGCUGCCCCCCCAGUGGCUCUCAGAGACCAGGAACAGCAAGAAGAGGCUCCUUCCCCCACUGGGCAACACUCCAGAAGAGCUCAUUCAGACAAAACAGCCCAAAAUCCGCACGACGGAGCGACGCAUUAGCAGGAACAACAAAGUCAGCAUAUUCCCCAAAGUGGAGCCCUGACGUCUGAUUGGAUCCCAGCAUCCAGCACCCGCCCCUUCCUGUUUGACAGUUUUUCUCUGGAAGACCGAGAGUCUGUUUCGGAAAGACAGGAUUCUGCAGAUCCAUGCAGUAAAUAGUAUUCAGCUUCGCCCUGUUAUAAUGAACUGCUCUACAUCACACUGUGAUCUGACACUUUUGUUGUCUGUAUUCGUACGCUGAAAGCUUCUGAUUUUUGGAGCAGAAGCAGUUAAAACUGUGAUGUAUUAACCCUUCCGCAGCUUUGUCACUAGAGUGGUGGCUCUGAGCUACACACGUGUCAUGGGGUGUUUUGAACCUUGUCACAAGAAAAAAAGCGAAUGAUAUUCUUUGCCUGUAACAUUGUGCGGGUCUCUUUCAUGGUUUCCUCACAGCUGCACUGAAAAAAACUGAUGGGAAAUAUGUGAUCCUUUCACAGUUUAAAACAGCUUUAAAUGUUACAUUUAAAUGCUGGUUACUAGCCAAUUGACUAAUACACUGAGCUAUUUAAGACUUUCCAGAAGAAUAGCCUAUUGUUAAUUUGUAUUCCGAACUUCCAUCUUUUACUUUUGAUUAUUUCUGUAUGCUUACGGAAUAGAGUUAAAGGAAAAGAAAACGUUUCAUUCAUAAACAAUUAAGAUUUGUUUACUUAAAUCAUGGUAGCUGUGGCCAGGAGGGUGAUGUUAUUGAUUCUUACCGAGUUUAAU